AAUGUGUAAAUGGCGCGCACCCCAAUCGAGUCGCAGCCAGCCUAACAUAACAGCUGUUGUAAGCGUUCCGAUAUAUGCAAAAUGCAACACUGAAAUAAUAUGUUAUUUCGAAAUAGCACGCAACAGACGCAAUGAACAACGAGCUAAGAGCCAAAGUGGAAGCCUGCUGUCGCACAGCGGAGGAUUUUACACGUUUGUACUACGCUUCUCUCGAUAACCGACGCCAUCAAAUGGGUCGCUUGUACAUAGACACGGCCAAUUUUAGCUGGAACGGCAAUGGUGCACAGGGCCGCCAGACAAUUGAGCGAUAUUUCCUGGAGCUGCCCUCAUCGCGUCAUCAAUUGACAACGCUCGAUUCGCAGCCAAUUUUAGAUCCUGCCGUCGGUGGACAGACUACAUAUAUAAUACUAGCCAGCGGCACGGUUAAAUAUGCCGAACAGUCCAUGCGCACAUUUCAACAAUCAUUUGUAAUAACCGCCGAGAAUGAUAAAUGGAAAAUUGCCUCCGAUUGUUAUCGACUGCAGGAGCCGCUUAAUUAGUUCGUAAAAUACGGUUAUAGGAAAAUUAAAGAGACUAAGAAGGAAAAUGAAAAAAUUGUGCUAGGAGAGUUUGAUAAGUUCGGCAAGCUUAUCGAACCGCCAGCCAAGAUGGCAAACAGCUUGAAGAUUUAGUAAAUAUAUGUAUAUAUAGAAUGUAAAUUGUAAAUCUAAAUUGUUCAAACUACUCUCGUAGUCCUGUAAUGUAAUGUAAAUGUGUCGCAUACGCAUGUAUAUUGUUUACUUUCCAAGGCACAAUUAAAGUGGCACAGAGGCCAGACAUAAGAGCAUGAA